AAUACAGCUAGGUUGAUAAUUUUACUUGACCAAAUGGUGUUUCCUCCAUUUUUCUGCUUUAAAGAUGCUAAGAUUAAAAAGCAUGUUUUUUUAUGUACUUAUAUCAUAUAGAAAUCUCGAACAAGUUAAAGUAAUGUUAAAAUUGUGCUAGAAUUAUUGAAUUUUGUGAGCUAGCUCUUUAAACGUUAACUUUGCUUUAAGAAGAACCUUCUGAGAGACUUCUGAAAGCUUUUGGCAAUGAAAUGGACUCCAGUCCGUGGACGAAGCUGAAACCUGAAGUCCAGAUAAUGGACAAGGUUCAUACUUACAGCCUGCAGUCUGAAAGUGGCAAAUAUGAAUGCAGCGAGUCUGCCUUGCGGUGGGUUUGUAAGGAAACCAUCAGCUUCAGAUACCAGUUUAGCUCAUGGGAGCGAUUCAUGAGGAAACCUGUAUGCAUGGACUACAUACCAGCAGGACCCCUAAUGGACAUCAAAGUCACAGAUGGGAAGCUAGAGGAAGUCCGUCUGCCGCACUGGAUCUGUACAGGUGAAGUUGCAGCGAUGUCAGACAUAUUUCGAGUUCUGCAUGUGGACAGCAGUGGAGGUUAUUUGGAGCAAGUGUCUGAAAUGACAUCAUCCCAUGUGAAGUUAAACAAGCCGGAGUUCUCUCUAAGAGGAGCCAUGAUCCUAAAGAAACUGGGCCUAUAUCUAAAAGUUUUUGCUGAUGUCUUGAUAUACAUGCAAAUCACAUCUGGCCUCACUCUGCACGUUUACCUGGUCCCACAUGAUCCUCUAAUACAACAGGAAGUGGAGAAGAAGGAGAAAUCUGACGGAUUCAGAAAAAUCCAAAAGACAAGUCCUGUUGACCCUGUACAGCUGGAGAGUUAUUUCUACCUCUCAACAGACUGGGACACAGCACAAAUCUGCCCUGAGAAACAGCAGUUCAUGUUGGAGUGGAGCGACACUAAUUUCUUUGAGGUGGUCAUUGGAAAUGUGAAAAGCGACUUCGGAAACUUGAAACUGAAACUUGAAGUUGAGCGCAGGGGAGGAAAGGAAAAGGACACCGUGUGGACGUGCGCUAUCGGAACAGCAUUUCAUGGAUCGCCAUUCAACGGCUCUGAUGGACAGUGAGCGAGGCAGCAGCCGUUCUAGACGAACUCCAGGAAAAAGAUCUGAUCUCCAAUGAGAAAUUUGAUGCUGUGAGAAAUUUAAAUGAGCCAAAUGAGAGAUUAUUCAAAGAUGAGCUCUAUGAAGUCCAAGGGAUAAAGUCUCUGAGGUUUCUCAUCUAUGAGCUGGAGGGAUCUCAAUGUAUUGUUUAGGGAACGUAAAAAUAUGAACCACAUUUUAAAAGUUUUUUUUAUUUAACUCAACCAAAUAUAUAUUUUUCUCUUGUUUAAAAAAACCUUCCUUUAUUUUUUUUAAUUGUUUAUCUUGUUUUUAUCUGUGUAAUUUAAUUUCUUUUAUGUUUUUCUACAACAUGGGAUACAGAUGUUAAUGUUUACUCAGAAUACAGGCAGAUAAAAUAUUCUGAACUUUUAUAUUUAAAUUAAAAAAUACCUGAUUGCUACAAUUCUAACUUUUAGUCACAGAAAUUAAAAAUACUACAUUUUGUGUCCAAAGGUUAAAAAAGUACAGUGACAUGAUGUGCAUUAAAGUGAACAAAGUUUACAAUGAAGCAGAAGAACCAGACAAAUAAAUAUGAAAAUAUUUUAAGGUGGAAAAAUGAGUGUGGUUUUAUUUCCCAAAGGUCACAAAAUGAGACUAAUGUGCACAGGUUUUUUUCCAUUUCAGAUAAUCCAUUUAUACAGGAUGCUACUGAGGAAUGAUGGGUAAUAAAUUAGAUCAA